AUGAAUGAAAUGGAAUUUGAAGUUGGUGAAAUAAACAGUUUAAAACAGAAAAGAACUGUAGUAUGGGCCGAUGCAGAGGAAUUAGUUGAAAUGGUUUUGAAUGAACGUAAACUUAUAGGAAAUUAUACAGUUAAAAUUAUGGCAGACAGCGGGCAGGGAUCAUUUAAAAUAUCUAUGUCAAUUGUUCCAGAAAAUAACCAAUUGGAACCUUUUGAAACAGAAGAAAUAUAUGAUAAUAAUUUUGUUGAAACUGCUAGUAAAAAAAGAAAAACAUAUUCCGAGCUCGGAGGGAGGCACUGUUGGUAUGGAAAGAAAAAGGACCAAGCAAAACUAUAUCAUAGCACAAUAAAUCCACCUCUUUUUGAGGAACUAAACGAGACUUAUGUAAUUGAAAAGUGCAUUGUUCCUGAAUUACAUAUUCUACAAGGAUAUGUAAAUCAUAUUUUCUGGAACAGUAUUGUGAAAGUUGUGGGCAGAGAUAAAGCUUUAUUGUGGCCACAAAAGUUAUGUCUUGUAAGCAAAAAUUACCACGCAGAAGUAUUCGAAGGAAACGCGUGCCGAAAAUUAUUAAGGGAGCAUGAAAAAUUGCAAGACAAAGAUAUAUAUGGAGAUAACGAACCAUUAAAAAAUGGAUAA